UGAUCGGCAUACUCUUGCACGUCAUAUCCGACGCUCUGGGCUCCAUUGGAGUGCUAAUAUCAUCCCUCCUGAUUGAUAAGUACGGCUGGUAUAUAUCGGAUCCGAUCUGUGCAUUGGUCAUUUCUCUUCUCAUCUUUUGCGGGAUAAUACCUGUCCUCCGAGAUGCCAUCGAUGUGCUUAUGCAAAGGUCACCGAGGGAACUGGACGAUUUAUUACCAAUGUAUAUUGAAAAGAUCGCGCAACUUCCCAAUGUAUUGCGAGUAAAAGAACCCAGUUUUUGGGCAUUGCACAGUAUGUUCUUUGUGGCAUCUUUACGACUGGAAGUGCACCAUACCGUAUCGCGCGCCGACAAGGAUGCGCUGAUCUGGGCAGUGAAGGAAAUCUUAGCUGAAAGAGGCUUCCGGAGGACAACCGUCGAAGUGGAGGAUGUUAUCAACUUCGACCGGCUUCCGUCGGUCUGACCUCGGCGUGACCUGGAUCAUGAAUGUGCGCACUUUUGUUCGUUCUGGGAUUAUGCCGAAAAUGGGUAUAUCGUGGCAUCCAUACGGGUCUUACUGGACAUGCGCUGAUGUGGGGGCCUUGAUAGUUGAUGGUGAUAGAAGUGGGAAAAAUGUUCGAGUAACUACAUUCCGUUAUACUGUCAGUGCUUACGGUUAAAAACUUGUGAUCUGUGAAUGUGAAAAUGCAGUGCAGGAACUUCCGGUGAUAAACCAUGCGUGCUGGAGUGCAGUUUUCGGAACUGCACGGUGUAGUGCAGCAAGUUUGUAAAAUCUGCUCACAUAGGAUGAUAAGAAAAUUAGAUUUCUUC